UGUAAACCAGGCUGAAAGAACGUUUUUAAAUUGGUGAUAUGUCAACAUAAUUAAACUUUUUUUAACUUUUUUUUCGUAUCAGUAAAAUAUUAAAUAUUGAUCACAUGUGUGCAGUUUUUACACACAAAUUCUAAUUAUUUGUUUGAUUAGCGAGAUAAAGUAUUGAAUUCAUAUUAUGGAAUGGUGAUCUUUUUUAAUUUAAUCAAAUCGAAAAUUUCACGAGUUAGAAACCUUUAACAUAUUAUAAGCCAUUAAAACAUUCAUUUUUUUUGGAUAUAUGUAAUUAUAUUCUUCAAAAUACUGCUACUUUAGUUCAGCAUGGACGAAGAAAAUUUAAAUAUGUUAAAUAAUGAUGUUGCAGAAUGUCAAAGUAAUUUGCAUUCUUCUGAUGCAUACAUGGAUACUAUUAAUCAUUCACGUACUCCUGUGGAACAUAAUUUAUUAGAUGGCAAAUGUUUAGAUGGAAAAGAUACUUUAUUGCCUCAUGAAAUCAUAGAUGUAGAAAAUGAAUCCUGUGAACCGAAAGAAGGUUUAUUAGAUUCGCCCUGCGAAUUUAUAAAUUCAUCUGUGGACAAUAAUUCUAAUAAAGAAAUAGAAAUAUUAGAAAAUAUUCAUCAAAAUUUACAAAAUGUCUCUUCUGAUCUCAGUGUUUGUAUUGAGUCACCACAUUCAAAUAAUGACACAAAAGAGCACGUUCAUUCUUCAGAUAUGGAACAGUCUGUAAAUAGUAUUUCAAGUGAUGAGAUAUAUGAUUUUGAACACAUUCCUUUGCAAAUUACAGGAGCAUGGAAAGAGUUUCAAGGAAAAAACCAGAAUAAUUUUACACGUGGAUGUAAAUGGGCUCCUGAUGGCUCAUGCAUUUUAACUUGCAGCGAUGAUAACAUUUUACGAAUCUUCAAUCUGCCUCCACAGAUAUGGGAAGCAUCUCAGUGGGAAGACAUUACAGAAAUGGAAGCAGCUGUAAAGAUUCCAGAGGGAGAAAUGAUAUAUGAUUAUUGUUGGUAUCCCUUCAUGAAUUCUGCUGAUCCUAGCACUUGCUGUUUAGCCAGCACCUCUAAAGGCAGUCCAGUUCAUCUUUGGGAUGGUUUCACUGGAGAACUCCGAUGCAGUUACAGAAGUUAUAAUCAUGUGGAUGAAAUCGAACCUGCUCGCAGCUUGGGCUUCACUGCAGAUGGUCAGAAAUUAUUUUGUGGGUUUGAAAAAUAUAUUCGCAUCUUUGAUGUUGACAACCCAGGUCGGCAGUUUGAAGAAAGAAAAAUUUUUGCUAAAAAAAGUGGACAACAUGGUAUCAUCUCAUGUUUUGCCUUCACUUCAUCAAACCUAUCUAUUUCAGCAGCUGGAUCAUAUCAGAAAUCAAUUGGAAUUUAUGCUGAACCCUCUGGCUUUUUAAUCUCUCUUUUGGAAGGACAAAAAGGUGGAGUUACACAGCUGCAAUUUUCUCCAGAUGGUUUGCUGUUGUACAGUGGUGGCAGAAAAGACCCAGAAAUAUUAUGUUGGGAUGUACGGAAUUUGGGUUCGGUGUUGUACUGUAUGCGGAGAUCAUGUUUAACUCACCAACGGAUGUACUUUGAUUUGAGCAAAUCUGGGCGCUACAUUGUUUCUGGUAAUUAUAAUGGAAUUAUUUCUGUUUGGGACAGUUUGAAGGAACCCAUAACUGGAAAUGCAGAUGAUUUUGAUGUUUUAGAACCAAUACAGUUCUAUUUAGCUCACGAAGACUGUGUUAAUGGAAUUGG